AUGGCCCAUUCGACAGAACAAGGAGAAAAGCAAAAUAUUGCUACAAAUUGGGCCAAUGACCCCGACAAUGCAAAGAACUGGUCAACAGCCAAGAAACUCUACAACACUGCUGUUCCUGCAUUUUUAUGUUUUCUGAUUUCAUUCAGUUUGGCAAUUUUUUCACCUUCGCACGAAUCCGUUCAAGAAGACUUCCACACCAGCACGACCCUCUCCCUCCUCCCCUUUACACUCUAUGUGUACGGCCUCGCCUUCGGCCCAGCCGUCUCAGCACCCCUGAGUGAGACCUUCGGUCGUAGAUUCAUCUACAUCUUCGUGACUCCACUCGCAUUGAUCUUCUUUCUCGGCGCCGGCUUCGCAAAUGGGCUCGCAGCGCUGGCAAUCUGCAGGCUGCUGGCCGGUAUUAUGAUCUCCGCGCCGUUGGCUGUCGGGGCCGGCACUAUCAUGGACAUGUGGACCGGAGUCUAUACCAACCGUGGCGUCGUCCUCAUAAUGACCAUUGCAUUCCUGGGCCCUGCGCUGGGUGAGCUGGUGGGUGGGUGGGUCGCGCAGUAUAAAAAUUGGCAAUGGUCGCUCUGGACAUCGCUCUUCCUGGGUGCGGGUAUUUGGAUCUUUUCGCUAGGUGCACAGGAAACUUAUGCUGGUCCUAUAAUGCGCCGCAAAGCGAAGAAGAUGGGUCUGCCUAUCCCACCAUCUCCUAUUCCAUCCGGACUGGCUGGAGUCCGCUUUUUAAUGACGGUGACGCUGGCAAGGCCAUUGUACAUGCUCGUACGCGAGCCGAUCGUCAUUCUGUGCUCACUAUACUCAUCUUUGAACUUCUCUAUUCUCUUCUGCUUCCUGGCGGCUAUCCCACUGAUCUUCAACACUACCUAUGACUUCACGCCUGGAGAGAGUGGUCUGGUCUUGAUUGGGAUAGCUGUGGGCUGUGCCCUGGGAGGAUUCUCUUUGGUCCUUAUUGACUCCUACACUAUGAGGCGCCAUAUCCAAAGAUACAAGUCUGCAGCGCCACCACCGGAGCGAACACUAUGGGGAGCUAUGAUCGGAGGGCCGUUGAUGACCGGUGCCCUAUUUUGGUUUGCAUGGACGGCCCAGCCAGGGAUUCAUUGGAUGUGCAGCAUUGCUGCGACGGGCCUCUUUGGCUUCUCCAAUAUAUUGAUCUUUGUUUCGACCAUGCUUUACCUUACAAACGUGUAUGGUGCCAAAUACGGUGCCUCGGCGCUCGCGGCCAACGGGCUGCUACGAUACCUUGUCGGUGGAUCUUUUCCCCUCUUCACCAUUCCAAUGUACGAAAACCUAGGAUACGCCUGGGCGUCGAGCUUGCUCGGAUUCCUUGCUGUCCUGUUUGCAUUUUUACCUUGGAUAUUUUACGUCUUUGGAAGCAAGGUCCGACAAUUCAGUGCGUAUAUUUAG